AUGUUUUGUCUUCUUAUCACAUUGAUUGUCGUCCCGGUUACGACAGCAGUAAUAGGUGAUGAUUUAUCACCAUACAGAUGGAAUCUCGUCCCAAAACCACUUCUUAAAAGGCUUUGUAAUCUUGAUGACUCAUUGCCAGUUUGUGCUUGGAAGCGCCACAAUCUAUCAAAAAAGACAUCUUUCUCGAAGUGGCAAAUAUGCCGUGAUCAUCCAGAACUGAAUCUUUGUAAAUGGCAUAACGGUGGUAUGAUAACUGCUCCAAUCCCUGCAACUACUACUGCGAAAACUGAAGAUUCCGCGGAGGCUCCGCCCACUUCUGAAUCUAUUUUUGUGAAUGAACCAGAUAUGAUGUUGUCUUCAAAAUGGUCAAAUGCUGAAGUUCUUCAAGAAACUGUCCGAAAAGAACUGAAAACAGAACCAAAUCGAUUCGAUGGAAGACUUCAUCGAGAAUCUGAAUCUGCAGAACCGAAAGAUUCGAUCGACGAAAAGUUUGAUGAAUCCAUCAUGUCAGCCAACGAAGAUGUUUUCUCUGCCUGA